AUGGCCGGUGGCGGCAUCCUCCUCAUGCAGCUAGAGCACAUACUCUCCUUUCAAUUAAUAGGUCUCGAGCGAUAUACGCUCGGCGACGACUCCAUAGGGCGGUCGCUGGUGCAAACGCAGCGUUUCUUCGAUAGAAGAUCUCGAGAUAUUGUCGACGAGAGCGACGAAAACUUCAGCGAUGCAGUUCUCGCGUACAUCACAAAGCCUGAUGUGACCAACGAAGAGAUUGGUCUCGUCGAGAAUUCUGGCCCUAAUGGAUUUUUUACGGAAAGUAUUCGGCCCACACUCUUCUUGCUACGAGGCCUCCUUGCUAGAGGUGUUCUAGGGUUCGUAUUUGGCCGAAAACGAUGGCGUGUGAAUUAUGGGCUCGACACCUCCCGCACUCCACCCACCAGACUGGCGGUACCUUAUCGCGCAAAGGAUAUGCCCACUUCUCGUUCCGAAUUUAGCCACCCUAACGUAGUCAUCCUUCUGACCUUACUGUGCUACUAUUACGGAGGUCUAACGGACGAUCACCUGUUUGCGUCUUUCGCCCAUCUUCUGGACACUAAUCAGAGAGAUGUCGAAUUCCAGACCUGGAUCCAAGGUGCACCUAAGCUGCCUCCUACGUUCCGCCAACUCGAAGGCAUCAACCUAAAAGACCGAGCGCAGUGCAAAUCCCUCGUGUUCCCGGCCCUCCGCUUCAACAAGCGCGUCGUCAACUACUUCCUCUCGCACAUUGUUUUCCCGAAAGAAAUGAAAGAGUUUCCUCACAAAUUGUCUGCUUCAGGAUGGGACAUUGGGAAGAUUAAGGACUAUCCAACCACAGCGUUUAGUAGAACAAGUAACUCUCAGGCGUUGCUUCCUUUAGACGUCACGUAUCUGGAUCUUCCGAAUCAGCAGCACACUAAUGCUCUAGUAUUGGACUAUCUCCUACAAGCUGAGAAUUCCGUCGCCUUUCUUCCUGCGGGAGACCUCGCACGCACCUGGCUAAACAUGCACACUACGGAGAGCACUCGUGGAGUCGUGUUUCUCAACGACAGCGAUGAGAUAGUGGUUUUGAAUCGGGAAGGGUUUGUAGAGCCUCUCCAGACAUCGGCCUUUGCGAAUCAACUCGAGACUUGUCUGGUUUUCCUUGACGAAGCUCACACGCGCGGAACAGACUUGCGGCUGCCCCAAGACUACCGCGCGGCCGUAACGCUUGGGGCGAACGUGACGAAAGAUCGGCUUGUACAGGCUUGCAUAAGAAUGAGGAAGCUAGGAAAGGGGCAGACGGUAGUUUUUUGCGUAACGGAAGAAAUCCGUACGAAGAUUCUAGAGAGCCGCCCAGCGACUCGAGAAGGAGCUGAGGUCAGCGUCUCCGAUGUUCUUCACUGGUCGAUCUGCGAGACGUUCUCCGAAAAUCUUGGCGAGACGAGUUUGGCUCGUGAAUGGGCACUUGAAUUCCUGGAAGACGAAGCACAAGACUUAGAAUCCCGUUAUCGGCCAAGGAAAGCAAGUGCCGCAGCUCUCUCGACUUUGGCCAGUUCAAGUAACCCUAGGAACAACCUUAUCGCGAACCGUUGUCUUCAAUUCGAAGAGCUAGAAUUCCACGGCAGCACACUGCAAGAGGAGCAAGAAAGGGAGUUGUCUCCUGAGAUACAGCAAGAGCGACAAGUGCAGCGACCGCCUGCGGUCGAUCCCGUAGAACACCACAUCCAUCCCGACAUGAGAACGUUCGUGUCCACUGGUGUGGUCGAACCCUGCUCCGAGGCUUAUAUGCCAGCCUUCACGGUAUUCUCCAGCAUUAGAACUGCAACCUCUCUCGAUGUGUCGCAGCUUGGAGGAAAAAGGGACCUCCUUGUUACAGCAGACUUCGCCCGCACCGUCAAGAAAGCCGGCGCUUCCAACGUGUCAGACGCCAAUGUUGUGGACUGUGUGAUGGUCGUCAGUCCGCACGAGGCGCAGCAGCUCUAUCCUCACAUCUGCCAGAGCUCGACGGUCGUCCUGCAUGUAUACAAGCCACGCUGGAAUGUCGGCUUUCGUUCACUGGAUCAUCUGCAAUUCUUUACUAUUCCUUCACUUCCGGAGCCACGGGUAGUACGACCUUCGCUUUUGACGCAACUCAAUCUGUUUGCAGGUCAGUUAGCAUGCGACUUCCUCGGAUUGGCCUCGACGAAAGCUGACGGCCGCUGCACUCUGGCUGCAGAUGGAUUCAUCCUCCAAGCUAGCGACGAAGCACAAGGAACGCUUCUCGCCCCCCGCAUUAGUCCCGUGCCAUUCUUGAAGGAGAUUAUGAAGAUUCGGAAGAAUAGCGAAGGCAUUGGCAGGACGCAUGUGGGGAGUAUGCUCGACGGAGUAUUCCUCACGUUGUCUGACUUUGCGGCGCUAUAA